AUGGGACAGAUACUUGUGAAGGACUUCCUCGAACACAACUCGAAAUAUGGGGCUCCAUGUAUCUGGUGGUAUUCAUCCGUUGCUCAUGCCGUGGCGCCCCCGUCUGACAAUCGCUUGACUUUGGCUGGUCUCAUUCGCAACGACGCUGGUUGCUCUAAUGUCCGAUUGGUCUCAAAUAGACGGAUUCCAUCCAGAACUACGCCUGGAGAGUACUCGCAGUUUUACAUCUACAGAAGCAAUCGUCAUCCCAUCAAACAUCUCCCAUCCCUAUACCCAAAAUCCUUUGCAGGAGAACAGAAGACUUUCUUCGCAUCCUGGGACGUCAAACCCCUGAAAGCCCCUUUCUUCCUCGUCCUCCUCCUCCUCUUCCUCCUCAGACUUCAGGCUAAAAUAACCUGCUUCCCCCCUAAGCGCUAA